ACUAAUCAAUCUAUGGUCAUAAGGUAAUUUUGUAGGUUAUAUUUUGAUUUAACCUCAAAAAUAGGAAUCGAAAUUAUUUGAUUUUUAAUUUGUUUUUUUACUGUGAGCGUCAAAUAUCCACCAGGUUAACAAGGGUUUAUUGUGGAGAUCCAUUAUAGAUACGAUCAUGUCAACCCCUAAAUCUUCUAAAAAAAAUGGACUGUGGAGCGAGUGCCAUAGCUGUGGAACAAUUGUUAGUAAUAAUGAUAAUGAGAAACACCUCAACGACUGCCCACCAAACCCAGAAACUUCCACCUAUUUUUUCUUGAAGAAUCAGUGUUUAUUCGGGAAUCUCCACAUGAAGAAGAAUGCUGAAAUUAAAGGUUUGAGACCGGUAGAAUUAGAUCAUUUAGUUUUCUUGAGCCAAUCGUGUAUGCAGAUCUGCGACCUCGCAUUAGGCGAAUGGGCAAUUUUGAAAGUGGAUAGUUUUUCACCAAUAAUAAAAAAAGCAUGGCCCACAACAGAGAAGACCUUAACUUCAGUACACCUCACAAAACCUGUACUCGAUCUUUAUUUUGGUAAUAUCAAGAAUUAUCCAAAUGUGUCGGUUACCAAAUUGAACACUAAAAAUCUAUUGGAAGCCCAACAAAUUAUUCUGAUAUCUAAAGGGUUACCAAAAACAACUGAAAUUACCCAAGAUAUCCAGAAAAGGCUGACCCAAGUGUAUAAGGGAACUUUAUUAACUACCGGUAAUAAAAUAAGCAUAUUUUAUUAUGGUAAAAACUUGAAAUUCCUAAUCAAAGAAGUAACAAGAGAGAAUAGGGACUUGGAAACUGAAUUGAGAGACAUGACAAUUUCAGAUACUUUUUAUGAAGUUACUCAAAAAACAAAAUGGAUAAUAUUCAAAGACAGCAAGAAGAUAAAAGAUGCCAAUGAACAAAGUAUAGUUCCUCAGAUAGGAGGACUCGAUGAAGAAAUUAAAGAAAUCAGAAGGUUGAUAAAUAUUGCAGUAGUUGAGAAACAGAAGCCAAUAUAUAGAUCGGUUCUACUGUAUGGGUAUCCCGGUACAGGAAAAACUAUGUUAGCAAAUGCUCUAGCAAGAGAAAGUGGGGCCAAUCUUGUCUCAAUAAAAGGUCCUAUUUCAAAUGAUCGGUCAGAAGAAUCCAUAGAGACGAUAUUUCAAAAUGCAUUGGAUAAUAGUCCAACUGUUAUUGUUGUCGAUGAUUUGGACACUAUUUGCCCAAAAACAACCAAGAGUUCGGGGAGCGAGAAACAAAGUACCAAGGAAUUCUGGAAAUUUUUCGAAAAACUGCAGAAUGAUGAAAAUGCAAAAGUAUUUGUUAUUGGGACAACGAGCAAUAUUGAUAAUGUUGAUCCAUCCUUGAGGAAGGUAGGAAGAUUCCAGAAAAGAAUCGAAAUACCCGUGCCUAAUCCCAUGGCCAGAAAAGAUAUUCUCGAUAAAAUACUGAGUGGCGUUGAACACGACCUCAGCGAAGACCAAUUAUCAGAAAUAUCCUUUUGCACCCAUGGUUACGUAGGGGGAGAUUUGUUGGAACUUUGCGACAGCGCUAGAGAUCACGCAUCCCUUAAUUCAAGGGAGGUGUUGGAAAUUGCCGAUUUGAAAUUCGGCCUCACUCAAGUGAUACCCAGUGCAAUGAGAGAAGUUCAAGUGGAGGUGUCCAAAGUGAAAUGGUCGGAUAUAGGAGGACAGGACGAUUUGAAGUUGAUUCUUCAGCAGGCCGUGGAGUGGCCCCUUAAAUAUCCAGAAAGUUUUCAGAAUAUUGGGAUAACACCGCCAAACAGUGUUUUAAUGUACGGUCCACCGGGUUGUUCUAAAACCAUGAUAGCGAAAGCCAUAGCUACUGAGAGUCGAUUGAAUUUUCUCUCGAUCAAAGGUCCCGAAUUGUUCAGCAAAUGGGUGGGCGAGUCGGAGAAAGCGGUUAGGGACGUUUUUCAGAAAGCCAGACAGGUGGCGCCAUCUAUCAUAUUUUUCGACGAGAUCGACGCCAUCGGAGGGGAGAGAUCGUCGGGAAGUUCAUCUGGAGAUAGCGUUCAAGUGAGGGUUUUACUCACGCUUUUGACGGAGAUGAACGGCAUAUCACCCCUCGGGAAUGUUAUUGUUUUAGCUGCUACCAAUAGGCCGGACAGGAUUGAUAAGGCCCUAUUGAGAGCGGGGAGGUUUUCCAAGAGGGUCUAUGUCCCUCUGCCGAAUGACGAGACUAGGAAGGAGAUUUUCAAGCUGAACUUGAGGAAAAUACCUGUUGAUUCUGAAAUAGAUAUCCAGACACUGGUUGAUUCAACAAAAGGUUAUUCGGGUGCAGAAGUGGCAGCGGUGUGCUUUGAAGCCGGUCUUAAAGCACUCGAGGACAAUAUUCAUACCAAAGUUGUCGAGAUGAAACAUUUCGAAGUUGCAUUGAAAAAUGUACUUCCGAUUACUUCCGAAGAGUCUUUACGGUUGUAUGAAGAAUUUGGGGCAGCCCCAAGUAAAACUCCUAUUUCUCCUACUAUCCCUCCAGAUUCUUUUUCCCCUCCUGAAGUCACUUCAUCUACUUGCCCUUCUACUUCUCCUUCUCCCCCUUCAAGAAGAAGACUUUUCGAAUACGCUUUACUCUGUGUUUUAAAUAUAGCCAUAUUCAAAUUGCUGGACAAAAUAAAUAUCAUUUGACUUUG